CUCUUUCCUAGACUUUGUCCUUUACUUUACCACCAGAAAAUCCUCAAAAUUCUAUUCCUAGAAACUCUGAUUCAUCUUCAUUCCCCUCAUUCUUUCACUCUGAAUUCUUUGUUUGCAAUUUUCUGAGCAAUCCUAUAUGGUUUGAUUUUUAUUUUUAUUUUUCAUGGGCAUGCUUCAUUUUCACUGAAGAUUAAUUUUUUGGCCUUUUCCUUUGGUGGGUCAUCGUGAUUAUCUGCUUUGCUGGUGUAGGACAGUUAUGAGGGGAUGAGGACAUUCACCGUACAAAUAGGGGGGUUUUGGUUUUGAUGAUAAGAAGAGAUAAGGACCUUUGGCACAUGCUAGUACACUUUACUUCAAAAAAAGUUCCUUGGGACCUUUGUGUUUUGUUCAUCAUGCUUAUCUAUGCUAGACCUGCACCAAAGACUUUGUGAUGAAGUGUCUGAAUUGAGCUUCAUACAAUUAAGUUCAUGGCUACAAGUCUUCAUUUUGCGGCUCUUGGCGUUUAGUGUUUUUUUUUUGUUGGUUUGGUAUUGGUUUAAUUGGUUCUGUUGGAUUUCUUCUCCACAUAAGCCGCCAGGCCAGGUUUCUUCUUGUCAUCUUCGUUGCACUAGCUCCGGGCACUCCUGCAAAUGGGAACUGAUGGUUGUGAAGUGGAGACAUUACCUUACUCCUUUAAGAAUGUGCACAGAACUCAAGAAAUUACUUGAGAGAAUCUUAAGGAUAUUUCCGCUUAUAGAGGCGGCACGCCCUCGGUCCUCAUCAGGAAUACAGUCUCUGUGUUCGCUAAACAGUGCAAUUGACAAAGCCAAACAACUUCUGCAACAUUGCUCGGAAUCUAGUAAACUCUACCUUGCAAUGUCAGGGGAGUCAAUACUCUCAAAAUGCCAAAAGGCCAAAAGAUCAUUAGAGAAAAGCUUAAUCCAGAUUCAGGAUAUGGUUCCAGUUAUGUUGGCUGCAGAGAUUUCUCGAAUGAUUCAUGAUCUUGGAUAUGUGACAUUUGUCCUGGACUUUGCUGAAGAAGAGGCUGGUAGGGUUAUGAGAGAAUUACUGCAGCAAGGUCAUUCCGCCUCAGAUAAAGAUUCAAUUGAAAAUUCUGAUGUUAAAUCUCUUCAGUUUGCAGUGGCAAGACUUAAUAUUACAUCCUCAACUGCCGUCGUAAUAGAGAAACGAUCUAUUAGGAAGUUGUUGUUGAAUGUUAGACCAAAUGACCAAACAAAAAAGAUGAUCUUGAAAAAUCUUUUGUAUCUUCUGACAAAGUACAGAAGUUUCAUCACAGGAGAACAAAUGGAGGCCUAUCAUCUUAGUGAAGGACCAGUAACAACUGAGAACAUGGGUCAUGUUAAUCAUGUUAUGUCAGAACCAGACCUGAACCGUGAUCAAAAUAGAACUCACGCCGGCGAGUUGGGAAGAGUUACACCACCUGAGGAAUAUACAUGCCCAAUAUCUUUAAGGUUGAUGUAUGACCCUGUUGUCAUUGCUUCAGGAGUUACAUAUGAAAGGAUGUGGAUACAGAAAUGGCUUGAUGAGGGUAAUGGAAUAUGUCCAAAAACUAAGAAGAAACUGGUUCAUAGGGCACUGACUCCUAAUGUUGCCAUAAAGGACUUAAUAGUAAAGUGGUGUGAAAUUAAUGAAGUCUCUAUUUCUGAUCCAAGUAGGCAAGUGGAAGAUUUUCGCUCGUGGGAAUCUUCCUCCAAUUCCAUUAUGAGUUUUGGAAGUUCUAUGAAUGAUUUGAAUUUGCCAAUGGAUUUUAGUGGCAUCUCACUUGGAUCGUUAGAUACUAGUAUUGGUUCAGGUUUCUCACAUGUAAAGGCCAGUCAUGGCUUAAAUUUGAUGUUGGUUAAAACUAGUGAGGAUUCUCACAGGCAUCAGUCAACACAUGACGCAGAUCUGACGCGCUUGUCUAAACUCCAUGAUAGUCAAUGGGAUUCUCAGUGCCAAGUCAUUGAAGAUAUGAAAAUAAAUUUCAAAUGCAAUUACCAAGCUUCUUGCUCUGUGUCAUUUGAGAAUUUCAUUGACCCACUCACAAGAUUUCUGAGCACUGCAAAUGAGAUGCAUGAUGUGAAAGCUCUGCGAGGUGGAACUCAAUUGCUUUUGGAAUUUAUGAAAUACCACAGAAAUGGUUUGAAAAAUUUAAGUGAAGAUACAUGCACUGUGUUAGCAAGUCUUCUUGAGUCAGAAGUGAUUGAAGAAGCUCUUGCCAUAAUGGAAGUACUUUCUGGGUAUUGGUCUGAUAAAGCUAACAUUGCAGCUUCGAGUGCUCUCUCUUCUGUUUCAAAGUUCCUUGAUUCUGGUAACAAAGAGUUCCAACGAAAAGCCAUUAGAAUGGUGUGUAAAUUUUCAUACAAUGGCGAACUUUGUCCUUACAUUGUAUCUCUCGGGUGCAUCUCGAAAUUACUGCCGUGUUUUGAAGACAAGGCCCUUUCGAGAGACUGCAUAUGCAUAUUGAAAAACCUUUGUGAUACCGAAGAGGGUAGGAUGUCUGUUGUUGAAACCAAAGGAUGCAUAUCUUUUAUUGUUGAAGUAAUUGGGAGUGGCAGUGAUGAGGAAAAAGAACUUGCACUUGCUAUUGUGCUCUCUUUAUGCUCUCAACGCUUGGAAUACUGUGAGCUGGUUUUGUAUGAGGGUAUUAUACCUUCUCUCGUCAUUAUCUCCAACACAGGAAAUGAUAGCACAAAGGCGUAUGCACUGGAACUGCUCCGGCAAUUGAGGGAGGUUGACAGCUUUGACAAUAGCGAUUCCUCUGAGCCGAAUCUCAACAACCCUCGAGAUUCUAACAAUCGGUUCGAAGAAAAGAAACCGUCAAAGAAGUCGACAUUUUUUAAGAAACUAGGUCUGUUCUCAAAACCCAGUUCACUUGCAGCAAAAAGCAAGAAAUGAAACAGAGUUCCCAUGGUAGGAGACAUUUUGGAUUGCUGGAUGCAGAUAGGAUUCUUAGAUAGAGUUUUAAUUUUAAUCAUUGGAUACAAUUUUUCAAUUAAUACUAAUAGUGUGUUUGGAUUGGCAGUCAACACACAAUCUAAAGCACAAUGACCCCAAAAGUUAGUUUCUCUCUAGAAGUGAUUAUAGGGUCAUGAUUGCAAAACCAAACACAUGCUAAGUCUCAUCUUGCUGGAUCAUGGCUCUAAAUAUUCAUUCACAGUGUUUCUGCUGCAUAAUUUUGCACAGCAACUGCAAGCUGUAUGAUAUAUAGUUCUGUGAUAUGAUGUAUAGUUCUUUUGACAUGCCAAGUUAACUUGGUAAUCACUUUUAGUUAUUAUAGUUGUAAAUAGCAAUUUUGGCAUGAUAAGAUUAGAGCUUUUGAUUGGUUGUAAUCAGUAGUUUGGGUUUGAGCAAGAAUUAUUCAGUUGUAGAAAUAGCUUUUUACCUAAGUAAGUUAGGCACUGAGCUGUCUUUCUUAUUGUUAUUAUUAUGUUGUAUAAAUUAAAUAAUGUAUUUUGAGCUUUGA